AUGAAGCACAAUAUCGCAUCGAACAUGUGGGAGAGGAAGAAAGGCCUGAUUGUCCAACUCUAUCAAGAUGAAGAAUGGCCUCUGAAACAAGUCCUCAAGAGAAUUCGCACGCACACCUUCAACCCAAGUGAGACUCAGCUGAGGAGUCGCUUGAAGAAAUGGCGGAUCACCAAGCUAUCUCGCCGCCGUCAUAAGAGAUCUCUCUUUAAUCAGCACGAAGAUAGCGGCAUUGAAAGCUCCUCCAAGGAGCCGUCAUCGGAAGACCAGACACCUGUUUACUCGGGUGAUGAGGCGGCACAGCCCACAACAUCCGCAACAACGAAUGAAUCCCUACCAGAAGAAGACUGGUAUUCCGCCGAAAGGGGUGAUACUACGCAUUCACCACCCACCGCAAGAGUCCUUGUACCGCACACGAUUAGCAAUUCCUUUACUGCGACCAUGUCGGCAAUGAGUCCGCCGUGUGAGUGCCAUGAUGUUCCAUCUGGAUACUGUCCUAGCCUUCACUAUUCCACCACUGACUAUUGCGUCCCACCGGUGGAGCGACCGGGACCAGAAAUAGCCUCAGCGCAAUGGCCUGCUGCUUUCUGGUAUCGAAUGUCGCUAGAUGAUGCGGCCCAUUAUUCACUUUCGCAGUUUUACACUCCCUCGUCUUCCAGUCACUUCAUCCACCAGCCGGCACAUGUUAUGCCUCUCCCUCAUUCGGACUGGUUUCAACCUCCAGGGCAUCCAUUAGUCACGCCUCCUCAAUAA